GCGGUUCUGGCGUUUCGGGCACUUUUGGCGUUGGGUGGGCGGCACCUUGGGGAGCACAUGAGCCACUGGCAUCAUGGUCGCAGCGACUGGGGACGAGGACGGAGACUCGUCUUUUCUGGACAUUCCUCAAACAAGAGGAAGGGCAAAAACCACAUCCCGGAAAGGUGGAAAGACUACUGCCCAGUUGGCCAGAGAAUGCCUGGGACUCGUUUCAUUGCUUUCAAAGUUCCUUUGAGAAAGAGUUUUGAAGGGAAUCUUGCGCCCGAAGAAUGUUUUUCCCCUUUGGAUCUGUUUAACAAAAUCCAAGAACAAAAUGAAGAACUUGGACUGAUUAUUGAUUUAACAUAUACACAACGUUAUUAUAACCAAGAGGAUUUACCAGAAACGAUUCCUUACUUAAAACUUUUUACAGUUGGGCAUCAAGUACCUGAUGAUGAUACAAUUUAUAAAUUCAAAUGCGCUGUGAAUGGGUUUCUGAGAGAAAAUGCAGAUAAUGAUAAACUUAUUGGAGUCCACUGUACCCAUGGUUUAAACAGGACUGGCUAUCUCAUCUGCAGAUAUUUGAUUGAUGUAGAAGGCAUGAGACCAGAUGAUGCAAUUGAAUUGUUCAAUAGAUGCCGGGGACAUUGCAUAGAAAGAAACAACUACAUUGAGGACCUUCUGAAAGGACCUAUCAGAAAGAAUUGGGGUUCCAGUGUAUCCAGGUCAAGUGGUUUUGAAGAAUCAACACAUCUCAUGGAACCAGUCCAUACCACUAAUAGAUUUGUUCACCAAAGACCUAAAUAUAACCUACAUCAAACUCAAGUUCAUCCAGCACCCUCUUGGCAUUUCAACUCUCACACCCAGGAAUUGCAACACCCAGUCAGGUAG